GAGUUCGGCUCUCCAUCAUGGCGGUGGUGGUGGGUCGCUGUGCCUUUUGGCGAGCCUGUCGCGUGCACGCCGUGGAUGCGGACAGAGCGUGCAGGGUGACGUACCUGUGCACGAGGCCAGGUUGUGUCCCAGAUAAAGUGUCUGCGUGUUCUCGGCUGAGCGGAGGCGUCGCAGCGACGCGUCGCUACAGCUCCGACUCCUCCAAGGAGGAGCUGAGGGUCCGGUACCUGGACGGUGAGGACGCAGGUAUUGUUGUUCUUGGGAUAAAUCGACCAAAAGCCAAAAAUUCUAUAAGCAAAAAUCUUGUCAAAUUGAUGUUUGAAGCUGUAGAGAGUAUCAAGAAGAACAAUAAAGUGCGGACUGUCAUUUUAGGCAGUUUGGUUCCUGGAGUCUUUUGUGCAGGUGCAGACCUGAAAGAGAGGGCGAAGAUGCACCAGAGUGAAGUUGGACCCUUUGUAUCCAAAGCCAGAUCGCUCAUCACAGAGCUGGGUAACCUUCCAGUUCCGGUCAUUGCUGCUGUUGAUGGAGCUGCUUUAGGAGGAGGCUUGGAAAUGGCUCUUGCUUGUGACAUCAGAAUUGCCUCCAACACUGCAAAAAUGGGACUAGUCGAAACUAAACUCGCAAUUAUUCCAGGAGCAGGCGGGACACAGCGUCUCCCCAGGUUGAUUGGCGUGUCUCUCGCUAAAGAGCUCAUCUUUGCUGCCAGGGUGCUGGAUGGAAAAGAGGCGCACGGUGUGGGGCUGGUCAAUCAUUCUGUGGAGCAGAACGACAGUGGAGAUGCUGCGUAUUUGCGGGCUCUGGAGCUGGCCCGUGAGAUCAAUCCUCAGGGUCCAGUUGCAGUAAGGAUGGCAAAACUAGCAAUUAAUCAGGGGAUAGAGGUGGAUUUAUCCACGGGUCUGGCAAUUGAAGAGGCAUGCUAUGCUCAGGUGAUACCAACCAAAGACCGUCUGGAAGGGUUAGCUGCUUUCAAGGAGAAGAGGAGUCCUCACUACAAGGGGGAGUGAGACCGGAGCUGCACAGUUUCCACUGAGUGGAUCAGUACACAUCCACACAAUAACCUGUCCCAUAUUAGAGGACAUGAUGGCUCCUUGACUGCUGUUAUUGUCCAUUUUAGUCCAUUGGCCUGUGAACUGAACAACUUUUGUUUGCAGAUAGAUUUGGCAAAUAUUCACUAACAGCAGCUUUAAUGAGUUUUAAAUAAGAUGACUAGAGGGUGCACUCCCUCUCCCAUGCACUGCUCGCAUCUGUGACAUCGUGGAGGACUCGGAGUAAAGAUGGGAGACAGCCAACAAAGCAACUAUUCGAUUAACAGCAAACCCAACUGGAUCUGUAAACCCAACUGGAUCUGUCGCAAUUUAUUUGUAAUCUUUUUACAAUAAAUUAGUAGAAUUGAUCAUGUUAAUUUCAUUCAAAAGUCAUAUAAAACAGCUAGAUGAAAUAUUAGAAUAACUAGAUCUGAAGUCAGUCAGUAACACACACGACUCAGAAAUAACACACAAAGGGUACCACAUAACAAUAUUUUAAUAACAUAUAUUUAUUAUUAUUUACCUGUUUUGUAGUCGACACUUAGAAAAUGUUCAAUAGAUACUUUGGAGGAUGAAACUUGUCUCUACUGAUACUGACUAACCAUCAUCUCAGUAGGUCAGGUUUGUGUAAUGAACCUAAAAAUAGUCACUUACAUAAAAUUAAUUUUACACUAGAUCAGAGGCAAUGCCAGAUUGUGCUAAUAAUUAAUUUGUGCUAAACUGUAGCAUAUCCUGAUGCAUGCUCAAUAAUCCCUAAACUGUAGCAUGACUCAGCUCAGUGAUACACUCUGUAGAACAAUGUCUGCCACAGAAGCUCAUAUCUAAUAACCAACUUCAUUAACAGCCAUAUAGGCUAAUUUAAAAUUUUAAAAGGUACAUUAUUAGCUUUAAUUAUGGUCGGGUCACAUUCUUAUUAAAAUAAAUCAGAUAACAUCUGCUGACUUGUGAAACGAGACACGCUUUCCUUUUUCUCUUCGGUUGGUACAAACAUACCACACAGCUUUGUGGCAUUUUAAAAUGCAUUAUCUUAUGUGCAUUGUAAUAUAAAGAUUUUUAUUAAUGUUAUUGUUUAAACAUUUUUUUUUUUCAUAAUCAGCCCUUACUGUUGGCUAUUUCUAAUAUCUACAACAAUGCUAAGUCCAGAUGCUUGCCCCCUCUGGUUAUAGCCCCCGUCCCUCCAGUGACUCGCAUCACGUGACCAAAGCACCGUCUACUUGUCUUAUUUAACUCUAUAAAUCAUAACCCAAUUUUAAAGCUAAAAUUAGCAGUAAUUCAUAACAU